AUGAAACCCAAGGUGUUUAGUACCAAGGAUAUGCCAUAUCCCCCAGCCCCAAGCAAGAAGGAUAAAGAGAAGAAAUUUUCACGCUUCAUGGAGCUUUUUAAGAAGCUUCAAAUCAACAUUCCUUUCUUAGAGGCAUUGGAGCAGAUGCCCACUUAUGCAAAAUUCAUGAAAUACCUCUUGAACAAGAAGAAAAAGUUCAUUGAGCAAGAGAUUAUUAAGUUGGAAGCGGGGUGCAGUGCCAUAAUUCAAAAGAACUUACCUCCCAAGUUCAAAGAUCCUGGAAGCUUUACAAUUCCAAUCACUAUUGGGGACCUAUCUGUUGGAAGAGCACUGCUAGACUUGGGUGCAAGCAUUAACCUCAUGCCCUUGUCUAUGUUAGAUAGAGUUGGACAUGUGGUAUUAAAACCAACCCACAUGACUUUGCAACUAGCAGACCGGUCCAUCAAGUAUCCCUAUGGUGUCAUUGAAAACAUGCUAGUCAAAGUUGACAAAUUCACAUUUCCAGCUGAUUUUGUGAUUUUGGACAUGGAAGAGGACUCUACUGUUCCUAUUAUCUUAGGGAGGCCAUUUAUGAAGACUGCACGAACAUUCAUUGAUGUUGGGGAUGGGAAGCUGAAGUCAAAAUGGUCAGGGCCAUUCAGAGUUAAGCAAGUUAAGCCUCAUGGAGCAAUACAAGUGGAGGACCUUGCCUCCAAGGAGAGUUGGGUGGUAAAUGGCCAAAGACUCAAACUCUACCUAGGCGGUGAAAUUGAGCGAGCUUAUGCCACCAUUGCAUUGAACAACCCUUAA